AUGUGGAAACUCUACGCAGACGAGCAACAGCCAAGCAAAAUUGAACUCGUGGCAUGGCGUCGGGGAGUCCGAAGUGAUGCUCAAGGGUCCUUCCCGCCGCCUGCAGGCAUCAAAAAAAGCUCCUACGGGUUACAAGUCCGUCAAGAGUUUCAUCCAAUCGAUAACGAGUUCAAAAAAAGCCAUCACGGACCCUGGGCUGGGGUCAUCGCUGUUAGCCAUACCAGCUUACGUGUCGAUCUAAAGCAUCCCUACCAAGACAUGAAUCGGCACUGGGCAUUCCAUCAUUCGACAUUCGACAUGAUGCUUGCCGGCAUGAACAACACGCGUCCCGCCCGUGCUGCAUGGACUGCAAGCAUGAGAAAGCGAACAAAAAAUGCGCUCAGACACACAGCCUCAUUUUCUACCAUCACUGAGCACAGAUGCUAA